AUGGCCGUUGUGGCGCUUUGCCGGAUUACCACAUGCAAGGAAUAUGUGCAGCGGGAAGGAUACGGUCUAGCGGUCGCUUACGGCGUCACCGAGCGUCACGAGGCGCCGGACGGACCAAGACGGGAAAAUUGUACUGUAUUGUCAGAAGUCGCCAACAUGUUGGCCAAGCAGAUCCUUUCCAACUUGCACCUCAGCGAAGCGUUGUAUUCAGUGGUGCUAGUGCUGCUAGCCGGCACCUGCGUCCUCUAUACGGCAGUUCUAGCGAUCUACCGGCUCUACUUUAGCCCACUGGCUCCUUUUCCUGGACCUAAGUUGGCAGCUGUCACCGCGUGGUACGAGACAUACUUUGAGCUCGUGAAGAAUGGAGGGGGUCAUUUCACAUUCGAGAUCAUGCGCAUGCAUGAGAAGUACGGACCCAUCGUGCGCAUCAGCCCAAAAGAGCUUCAUAUUGCCGACAGUGAAUUCUAUGAUACGAUUUACACAUCAACGCAAGGCUUCGACAAAUCUGCACACGUUCAGGAUCGCUUCGGAGCGCCAGAGGCUGCGUUUUCAACUCCUGAUCAUGAAGUCCACAAGCGACGUCGUGCUGCUAUCUCCCCGUUCUUUGCUAAACGCCGUAUCCAUGAGCAAGCGCCCAUGAUCCAAGGCCACGUCAACAAGAUCGUCAGACGCCUUCAUCACGAAUAUGCUGGAAAAGGAAAGAUUCUCAAUCUCAAUGACCUUUAUUCGAGCUAUGUGUCAGAUGUAAUAAUGAGCUACGCAUUCAAUCGUUCGUACGGGUUUCUCGACGAGCCAGACUUUGUCUCGUCUUUCACAUCAUCCAUUCAAGGACUCAAAGACUUCGUACAUUACGCGCAGCAGCUUCCCUGGCUCCCAAAGAUCAUUGACCGCCUCCCUGACCGGCUUGUCGGCUACAUCCAACCCAGCAUGAAAGCCAUCCUACACUUCCAAAACUCGAUGAGGAAUCAGGUGAAGGAGGUGCGCGAAAACCUCCACUCUGACAAGGCCGAAGCCCAGGAAGGUACCAUCUUCUUCAGCAUCAUCCGCUCCGAACUACCACCCGAAGAUCUCACGAUCCCCCGUCUCAAGGAUGAGGCGAUGAGCGUUGUCGGCGCCGGCAUCGAGACGACCAAGAUGGCUCUCGCAGUUCUGUGCUUUCACAUCAUCAACACCCCCAGCGUGCUCGAACGUCUGCAGAAUGAGCUACAAGAUGCCAUUCCCGAUCCAUCAAACCCCCCGCCACUGUCUGUUCUCGAGAAACUGCCGUAUCUAUAUGCGUGUCUGCAGGAGGGCAUUCGUCUGUCUUACGGGGCGAUAGCACGUUCGCAACGCAUUUCAAAGCACAACCCCAUCAAGUACAACGAUUGGGUUAUCCCACCUGGUGUUAUGGUGUCGCUAGAUACAUACCACAUGCACCACGACGAGGCCGUCUUCCCGCAAAGUCACGAAUACAGGCCGGAGCGGUGGCUUGGGAAUCCCCGGGGCCCCGACGGCGAGAAGGCUCUUACAAAGUAUUUGACUGCGUUUGGACGAGGGACAAGGAUGUGUGUGGGAUUCAACCUGGCCUAUGCUGAGAUGACGCUUGUACUUGCGGCACUGUUCCGCAGCUUCACCUUUGAGUUGUUUGAGACGGACAAAGGGGACGUGGAGAUUUUUAGGGAUAUGAUAGGCUUGGAGGUUAAGCCGGGUAGUAAGGGUGUCAGGGUCAAAGUGAGUGGGAAAGGUGAAGUUCAGCCUUAA